AUGGUUUCAUUUAUUCAAAUACCGCUUAAAUCUACUAAUGAAGUUGAUCUUGUUAAACCUUUAAAAAAUUUUGUUAAAACAUUUUAUAAAUUAAAUGAUGAACAAAAAAAUGAAAUACAUGAAGGAAUAAAUGAACUUAAUAAAUUAAGAAGUAAAGCAUGUUGUCAAGGAAAUGAAAAAAGUCAAGCUAUUUUGGAUUUAUUACUUAGAUAUUGUGAUCAAUUAUUUGCUAUUGAAAAUAAACUUACAAUUACACAAACAACAAAUCCUGUCGCAUUUAAAUGGAAGGAUGCAUUUGAUAAAGGAUCUGUCUUCUUUAGUCGAGCUUCCCUCACUAUUAGUGAUAGUUCAUUUGAAAGAGCAGCAGUAUUGUUUAAUUGUGGUGCUAUGAUGUCUAUUAUUGCUUCAAGUCAAUUAUUAAAUACAGAUGAAGAAUUAAAAUCAGCAGCAAAACUUUUUCAACAAGCAUCUGGAAUUUUUCAAUAUUUAAAAGAUCAUGUUCUUGGUAUGGUACCACAGGAUCCAACUUUAGAUUUGAUGCCUGAUACCUUAGCUUCAUUGUCUGCAUUAAUGUUAGCUCAAGCACAGGAAGCCAUCUAUAUCAAAGCUAAAAAAGAUCAAAUGAAACAGACAGCUCUAGUACAGUUGGCUGCACAAUGUAGUGAAUUUUAUCGUGAGGCAAAAAGUUUAAUGACACGUGAAAUUGUCAAAGGGAUAUGGGAUAAAGAUUGGUUAAAUACUAUCUCUGGAAAAGAAUUAGCUUUGAAUGCUCUGGGUCAGUAUCAUCAAUCACAGGUGGCAUUUGAUCAAAAAAUGAUUGGUGAAACAAUAUCACGUCUCAAUGAAUCAAUAAUUUUAUUCAAAAAGGCUAAUGAUUAUAUAUCAGCAAGUUUAUUUGCACCUGAUUUAGAUUUAUCAAAAUUAGCAUUAGAAAAGGCAAAAAAAGAAAAUGAUAUGAUUUAUCAUGAGAUAGUUCCAGAUGUCAAAACAUUACCACCUUUAAAAAAAGCUGCUAUUGCUAAAGUAAUUCCAUAUACAAGACCAUUAUUUCCUAGAUUUAAAGAUAUGUUUGAAACACUUGUACCUAUAGAAAUACAAACAGCUAUGUCUUCAUUUGAAAGUAGAAAAGAACAACGAGCAAAUAUGGAAGUUGGAAGAUUAAGAGAAUACACAGAAUUAAUGAAUGCAAUUUUGUCAUCUUUAAAUCUACCAGCAGCUCUUGAUGAUGUUACAAAUCAUGAAAAAUGUCCAGAAAGUAUUAGACAAAAAAGUAUGAAAAUUAAAACUGAAGGUGGAGCAGGAACUAUAGAUACAUUGAUUGCUCAAAUUCCUGAGUUAUACAAUAAUAAUAUGGCUAUUCUUAAUGAGACAGAAAAAUUAUUAAAAGAAGAAAAACAAACUGAUGAUGAGUUACGUGAAAAAUUCAAAGAAAAAUGGACAAGAACAAAAUCUGAAGAUUUAACUGGACCUUUAACUCAACAAAUCCAAAAAUAUAGAGGUAUUUUAGCUACUGCAUCUAAUGCAGAUCAAAUUGUCCGUAAAAGAUAUGAUGAUAAUAAACAUGGUAUUGAAAUUUUAUCAAAAUCAGAAAAUGAAUUGGUGAAUCUCAUUCCUAAUAUAUCAGAUUCUAGUGUAAAUCAAAAUUCUGAAACAAUUAAUAAGUUAAGAAGUUUAUUAGAUCAAGUAAAAGAUAUUGAAAAGGAAAGAAAAAAAUUAGAAGAUAAAAUUAAAAACGUAAAGGUUGAUGUUGCAGAUAAAUUUCUUAAAGCAAGAACUGAAGCAUCUGGAGGUCAUUUUAAUGAAGAAGAAAUAUCAACAAAUGAAAUUCAAAAAGCUUUUUCAGAUAUUAUUAAAGAAGUUGAUUCUUCUCUUAAAACACAAGAUGAUAUUAUGAAAGAAAUAGAAAUUGUAAAUAGAAAAUUUGUUCAAGAAAAAGGUUUUGGUAAUAGUGAUCGUGAUCAAAUGUUAAAACAAUUAGCUUCAGCUGCAGAUGUUUUUAAUACACUUAAAAGUAAUCUUAAUGAGGGUCAUAAAUUUUACAAUGAUCUUACACCACUUUUGGUAUCUCUUCAACAAAAUGUUUCUGAUUUUUGUUUUGCCAGGCAAACUGAGAAGGAGGAUUUAAUGAAGCAAGUUCAACAAAGCAUUAUAUCAGGUAAGGGUUUAAGUGCUAUGGUAUCCAAGAAGGUGAAUGAUUUUCAAGGAUAUGUAAAGCAACAAAUUGAUGAGCAAAGACGUGCUUUAGCUAAUAAAGUUUAUAAUGAAAAUGCAUCAUCAAGACAAGCACCUCCAAGACCACCUCCUCCUACAGUAUCAGGAACAGAGACUCCUCCAAUUCCACCACCAAGGACAUCAACACAAACAGAACAACAACCAAUGAAUCAAGGUAUUCCAAAUUCACAACAACAAUUUUAUAUGGGACAACAACCUUUUAAUCCUUAUGGAACGUAUAAUCCUUAUACAACUCCACCAUAUUUUAGUGGUUAUCCACCUCAACCACAAUUUGGACAACCUUAUCAUUGUCCAUAUCCUGUAACUUAUCCAGGAACUUAUCCCGGUGCUGGUUAUGUUCCCCAGGCACCAUAUAAUGGUGGUCCACAACAAGAUCAGCAAUCUCAACAAUCAAAUAAUAAUAGUAAUCCAUUCACUUAA